AUGGAACUCAUGGUUGCUCCGACGCCAACAGCCACCACUCCCUCCUAUGUAUUCUUCGACGACAAGUUGGAUGCAAAGAACAACAACAACAUCAGCAGCAGCUCAAGUACUUGUCCUUCUCCCAACCACCAUCUUGAGCUUCGAUUACCACAGCGCAACCCUAAACUCAAUCUAUCUCUCUUUCACAACUUACCUUAUCACAUUUCUUCACAACCCCUCCAAACCCUUACACCUCUAACUACUAUUUUGAGGAAGAAGAACAAUAACAAUAAGAAGAAAAGAAAAGGGGCUACAACCUUAGACAUCUUGCGCCUGAUGAAUUCUCUGUCAUUUCCCAUACCCAUUGACAUCUAUACCUCUUUGAUAAAAGAGUGCACUGUUUCUGGGGACCCAGAAACUGCCAUUGAGUUGCAUGCCCACAUCACCCGCAGUGGCAUCAAACCUCCCUUGCCAUUGCUCAAUCGGAUUCUCAUUAUGUUUGUGUCGUGCGGUCUGUUGGAGAGUGCACGCAAUCUGUUUGACUCAAUGACUGUGAGGGACUUCAACUCUUGGGCAAUCUUAUUUGUUGCUUAUUAUGAUAUUGCUGAUUAUGAGGAGGCCAUAGGUGUUUUUGUCAGCAUGCUAGGCCAAUUGGGUAUGUUGGAUUUUCCUCCAUGGAUCUGGGCUUGCCUUCUCAAGGCAUGUGCCUGCACUGUGAAUAUCUCCCUAGGAAUGCAAGUUCAUGGAUGGUUAUUAAAGUUGGGAAUUUAUGACCAUGUGCUUCUCAGUAGCUCCUUGAUCAGCUUUUAUGGGAGAUUGAAGUGCUUGGAAGAUGCAAACGUUGUCUUUGAUCAAGUGUCACGACAUAACACCUUGACUUGGACUGCUAAAAUGAUCAGUGAUUGCAGGGAAAGACAUUUCUCUGAGGUUCUUGGUGACUUCAAGGAGAUGGGGAGGCAAGGGAUAAAAAAGGACAGCUUUACGUUUUCCAGUGUUCUCAAGGCAUGUGGAAAGAUGCUGGAUCAUGAACGAUGUGGUGAACAGGUCCAUGCUGAUGCCGUCAAACUUGGGCUGGUCUCGGAUGAUUAUGUGCAGUGUAGUUUGAUAGCCAUGUAUGGAAGAAGUGGGUUACUGAGAGAUGCAAAACAGAUGUUUGAGAUGACCCAGAAUGAAAGAAAAGUUGAUUGUUGGAAUGCCAUGCUUAUGGGUUACAUACAGAAUGGUUUAUACUUUGAAGCUGUCAAGUUUCUGUAUCAGAUGAAAGCAGCUGGAAUGCAACCCCAAGAAUCUCUGCUUAAUAAAGUAAGAAUUGCUUGUGGUAGUAUUACCUACUCAAGCAUGAACUAACUAGGAAAUAGAUUGUACAUAGACAGUUAAAAUGUUGAAUGGAAACUUUUCUU